CGCCGGGGCAGGCGGGCUCCGGCUGCAGCAGGCUGCUCUUUGGGCAGCCCCUGGCAGCUGUCUGCGGGGAGGAUGGCACGCUGCCCCGGCCCAUCCAGGAGCUGCUGGCUGUCCUGCAGCGGGAAGGGCCGUCAACGGAGGGCAUCUUCCGCAGAGCUGCCGGCGCGACAGCGCUUCGGGAGCUGCGGGAGGCCCUGGAGCGUGGUGCAGAGGUGGAGCUGGGAAGCCAGCCUGCGCUGCUGCUGGCCGUCGUCUUGAAGGACUUUCUCCGAAGCAUCCCCGGCAAGCUCCUGGUGAGCGAGCUCUACGAGGACUGGAUGGCAGCGCUGCAGAAGAGCAGCAAGGAGGAGAAGAUCUCCGAGCUGCAAGCGGUGGCCGAGAAGUUGCCCGCAGCCAACCUCCUCCUCCUGAAGCGCCUGCUGCGCCUCCUCCGGCACAUCGGCCACAACGCAGGCACCAGCAGGAUGAGCUGCAGCAACCUGGCCAUCUGCAUCGGGCCCAACCUGCUGAGCCCACCCGAGGAGGACCUGCUCCCGCUGGAGGCCCUGCUGGAGGUGACCGAGAAGGUGAAGGUGCUGGUGGAGUUUCUGAUGGAGAACUGCAGGGAGCUCUUUGGGGAGGAGAGCGCCGAGCCUCGGUGUGCAGCAGGCGAGGAGUGGCCAGCCCCGUGCCGAGAUGCAGAGGGAGUGUUGUCCUCUGAGGCGCGCUUGUGCCGCGGGCUCUCUUUGGCCACUGCCUCUGGCGGCAUGAAGGGCUGGCUCUGCAAGAUGAGCUGA